AUGCGCCGAGUUCAUCUCCUGCCUUCUGUCGGCCUACUUCGGUUUGCCUCGUCCUCGAAACACGGGCCACACGAUGCAUGCUCACCAUCACCUGGUCGCUUGGCUUCAUGGUUCAAUGUUCGCGGAGGUCACUGGAGCUUCCGAGAUCGGAGGUACUCGCAGCCCCCGCGCGUUCUGGCUGCUGCCGUGUGGGACGAUUCGAACGCGUACGAGUCUGGUGGUCUAACUUUGGACUCGUCGUGCCACCACUAUGGCGUCGGGGGUUCCAACCCAGCGGGCUGCGUCUAUUGA